AUGCAGACACUGAACUUUCCUAAUACGGAGGUUUGUGUAUCCAUUAUCUGUCCCAUCACCUGUAUCUUCCCCAUCAGGCUCUCCAACAGCACGGAUUCAGAAAACCAAGCGGGCACAGUAGAAUUUCUCCUCCUGGGUCUCUCAGAGGACCCAGAUCUGCAGCCCGUCCUCUUUGGACUGUUCCUGUUCAUGUACCUGGUCACAGUGCUUGGGAACCUGCUCAUCAUCCUGGCCAUCAUCUCUGACUCCCACCUCCACACCCCCAUGUACUUCUUCCUCUCCAACCUGUCCUUCAGUGACAUGUGUUUCAUCUCCACCACGGUCCCUAAGAUGCUGGUGAACAUCCAGAGACACAGCAAGAGCAUCAGCCACACAGGCUGCCUCACCCAGGUCUGCUGUGGUGCAGGUUUUGCUGGAUUGGAAAACUUUCUCCUUGCAGCAAUGGCUUAUGACCGUUACGUGGCCAUCUGCCAUCCACUCAGGUACACAGUCAUCAUGAACCCCCGCCUGUGUGUCCUGCUGAUUCUCUUGUCCUUGACCAUCAGCAUUAUGUAUGCCCUGCUCCAAAGUUUGAUGCUACUGAGGCUGUCUUUCUGCACAAACCUGGAGAUCCCCCACUUCUUCUGUGAACUUGUUCAGGUCAUCAAGCUGGCCUGUUCUGACACCCUCAUCAAUAACAUCCUGGUAUAUGUGAUGACUAGCCUGCUGGGUGGUCUUCCUCUUUGGGGGAUUAUUUUUUCUUAUAUUAAAAUUGUGUCCUCUGUUCUGAAAAUGCCAUCAUCUGGGAUAAAGUCUAAAGCCUUUUCCACGUGUGGAUCUCAUCUCUCAGUGGUCUCCUUGUUCUAUGGGACAGGAUUUGGGGUGUACAUUAGCUCUGCAGUCACAGACUUAUCCAGAAAGAGUGCAAUAGCCUCUGUGAUGUAUUCUGUGGUUCCUCCAAUGCUGAACCCCUUUAUCUACAGCCUGAGGAACAGGGACAUGAAGGAGGCCUUAAAGAAACUCAUUCAAAUGUCUUCCUUAUGA